AGGUGUUUAGAAUGACAAUCCAUCUUGAAAAUCUAUUAGAGCUAAGAACUGAGUAUCUGAUUAAACUGGAAAAUGUGAUCGUUGUAUCUUAUAUGUGCAUGGAGACUGGAGGAUACAGUUCAAAGGAAUUAGUUUUUGUUAAGACAAGCAAAGCCGAGUGUUGCAUGCGAUGACUAAGUUAGGCGAUUUUGUUUGUAGCCGCUGGACAAGGAUGAACGUUUGGGAGCUUGCCUUGCUAGUUUGUGCAGGAGGUGUCCUCUUCUAGGCAUAUUGUUUAGUGUUGUGCAGACUGGUUUUGUUAUGCGAAAGAGACAGUACCGUGUGAAAGUUCUGCUUUUGUCGGCCUGCUUUUGAGUUUUUCUUAUUCGCAAGAUCUAGAGCCCAUGUUUUUUUCGUCGAGAUCUGCUAUAGCAGGCAGUACAUGUUCAUGUGAUAUGAAGCGUGGUCCCUCAUAAAACUCAACUCCAAAAUCUGGAUAAAUUCUCUGAAUAAUGAUCAUCCAGUGAGUGCAGAAUGUAUGUUUAAGUAGCUUUUUCCGUUCCAGCCUCUAUCUGAUACUAUCAUCCCUUCCGCAUGUUUGAGUAAACAACUGUAGUAUGUGUCUGAAAAUGGUCCCUUUCGGUUGUAAUAUUAAAUAUGAAGUAAAUAAGAAAACCGAGCAACAAUAUCUGGGAACAUCUUCAGUUUGUGGGAUUAUACCACUUCCCAAUGCCAUGAGUUAGCUUUUCGAAUGUGUCAAGACCUUUGAAGGUGAAGUUUGUAUGGAAAGGUUUGUCUGACAUGUAAAUGAACAUUGAGCUAUCUCCACGCGUGCUAGGUGAAGCUUUUAGUGGCUGGUGGAUUUAUUUUCUUGUUUUCGUCAUUGCUCAACAUUCAAUUCUUGCUGAAUUAAGACCAAGUGUACUGAGUACAGUGAGAUCAUAUGGCCACUUGAUAGAUUGUGUUCUGAGAUUAGGAUCCCAUCGUUGUUUGAUUGCAUGACUUUUCUUACUGCUCUUUGUUCCGCUGAAUUUGAGGCCUGGGUAAAACUAAUGUCGGAUCAUGGAAUCUGCUCUGCAGAUUCUUCUACUCAUGUUAUGAUGGAACGAGAUACAGGCCGCCCGCGUGGAUUCGGCUUCUUGACUUUCGCUGACCGACGGGCAAUGGAUGACGCCAUCAGGGAUAUGCAUGGCAGAGAGCUCGGUGACCGAGUCAUCUCAGUCAACAAGGCCCAGCCCAAAAUGGGAGGCGAAGAUUCCGGUCCGGGCUAUGGAAGUUACUCGUCUGGCGGCAGAGGCAGCAACUAUGGUGGUGGAGGAGAUAAUAGGUCAGCGGGGCCCGACGAUUGCUUCAAAUGCGGCCGACCGGGGCACUGGGCCCGAGAUUGCCCGUCGGCAGGCGGCGGCGGUGGCAGAGGCACCCGCCCGUUCUCGCCGCCACGCUCUAGGUUCGGUGGGGCCGGUGGGCGUGGGGACCGCUAUGCAGACGAUAGAGACAGAUACGUGGAUGAUAGAUACGAUAGAGGCCGUUAUGGUGAUAGGGACCGUUACGACAGUAGAGAUGACCGAUAUGCGAGCCGUGAUCGAUUUGCUAAUGACAGGUAUGUACCGGCUGGAGAUAGGUUUCCCAUAGAUAGGUAUGGGGGGUCCGAGCGUUUUCCUCAGAAUGGUUAUGGCAAAGACAGAGGUUAUGAGAGAGAUGUGGGGCCCAGAGGCGGUGGUGACAGAUACGGGGGUGGAGGGGGGCCAGCCCGUUAUGAAGGAAGAAGCUAUAGGGAAAGGGCGGGGCCAUAUGACCGCCCGAGGAGGGGGGGUCGACCCCCUUCGGUGGGGCGUUACUGAAAGUCUCGAAUGUGUUUUUCUGCUGUUUCGAGAUAUUCUAAUGCUUUGUGUCUUUUGUGAAUUUUGGAUAUUGAGGUUUAUUUGUUUUGCUUUAUUUAGCCUUUUAGAAUCGGUGGAUGGAGUAAUUACAACUGACUUCGCUAUUUGCUUUAAUCUCGUAAUACACUUCCUAUCUUUGCUGUUU